CCUCGCUUUGAACUUUACUCCAGCUUAUACUCCAUCCUUGUCUCCCUUUAGAUUCUUUGCUUCACCUUUGUACACUGUCACAUGGAUGAUGAGAUGAUCUUAGAAAGCCUAGACUCUCUCUGGUUCUUCUCCAAUAUCCUCUCGCCAUCUUCUCCAAUUACUUGUUUCAAUGAAAAGAAUACCCAGGACUCUCAUCUCAGUGACCCUCGAAAGGCAAAGCAACCAGCACCAACCACUCAAAUCCUUCAGUCCCACCAACUUAAGUCUCCAAAUAUUUGUCUCCAAGCAGUAGGGAAAGCAACAGGAUCAGAAGGGCAAGCAACAAAACGAGAGAAUAGUGAAGCAUCCAAACAUCUAAAGGAGUCCUACGUGGAACAGAGAAAGAAAAAGAGCAACCGAGAACAGGGUAUGAAGAAAUUACAAAGGUUUAGGGUGUUCACGGAUUUGGGUUUAAGCUUUGGCGAAUUGGGGUCAGAUGGUAGACCAUGUUGCACACUUUGGGAGCAGCAAAGAAUGGCGAGGUCAUAUGGGCUGAGGCAGCCAUUUCGUUGUUACAAGAUGCCCCCAAUGAGUGAUGGUUUGGCCAUGAAGGAGCAUCUUAAAUCAUGGGCUCAUGCCGUUGCAUGCACUGUCAGGUAACUGGGUCUGGAAUGUUACAACCAUCCACCCUCUAUUCUUUCUCUAUCCUGGUAGAAAUCUUUAACAAGUGUAAAAAAUUUGUUCCAGUAUGUUAUAUUCAGUCAAGAUACUGUUCCUG